UCCAAGACAGCGCUCACAAUGGCUAGCAUAAUGAUUGGUCGGGAAGUGAAGGAUUCUGGGAUACUGGUAGCAGCUCUACAUCCAGGUUGGGUUCGUACAGAUAUGGGCACAAGCCAGGCUCCUGUUGGACCAGAUGAAAGUGUUGAGGGCAUGCUGAAAGUUAUAGGAAAUGCUGGUGAUGAAAGUCAUGGCAAACUAAUCAAUUUUAAAGGGGAGGUUCUACCAUAUUAA